CUUUUUUUUUUUCUUUUCUUUUUUUUUUCAUCUUCAUUAACAGCCAUUCUUCACUUCACUUCCCCACCAGCCGACCAACGAAUUACACGACGAUAGCGACUUUUGAACCCGACCAGAACUCGUCCAACAUCAUCUGUCCAAAAAGUCAAAAUGUCUGACUUCGGUGACGACAACUAUGGCAUGGGCGGCGCUGACGAGCCCGAAGACGCGGACAACGUGGUUGCAUCGGGCGACCCUUCGGCGGCGGCCAACGCAGGCAAGAGCAGCACACAGGCACACAAGGACAAGAAGAUUCCCGACGACCAGAGGACCACGACACCAUACAUGACCAAGUACGAGAGGGCGCGCAUCCUAGGGACGAGGGCCCUGCAGAUCAGCAUGAAUGCUCCUGUGCUUGUCGACCUCGAGGGCGAGACGGAUCCCCUGCAAAUCGCGAUCAAGGAGCUUCGUGAAAAGAAGAUCCCUCUCAUUGUGCGCCGGUACAUGCCGGACGGAUACUACGAGGACUGGACCUGCGAAGAGUUGCUCCAGUGAGGUGGUAACAGGUCGGACCAAGCUACGGAAAGCUCCGAGUCGAAUCGAGACACGGCAAUUCCCUUCUUCUAACACCUGCUCUGCUGAUUUGGCUACGGUGGCCUUUUUUUCUCAUUUGCACCAGUGUGCUACCAACUGAGUAUACUAGCGAGGCGUUUCAGGAAAGAAAUCUGAUUUUGAGAGAGACUUAGUCGA